AUGUCAUCAGCAUCAUUUUUUGAACAAUUGACGAGCAGCGUGUCAAUCUCUAUUGUGUCCAUUAUUUCAGUGGCCACUUUAGCUGUUAUAUUAAUUGUUACAAUUGUCAGUCGAGUUUUCUUUUCUUCAUCAACAAAAACACGUUCUUCUUCAAAACAGCCUUCAAGUAAAGAUAAAAAAACCAAAGAAGCUAAUACAAAAAAACAACAACAACAGGCUGAUACAACAUCAGCCAAUAAGAAGAAGAAUAAUAAAACAAAAAAGAAUGCAACUGCUACACCACCAUCACCACCCGUUAAAACUGCUGUUUCAUCAUCAUCAUCAUCAACAAGUUCACAAUCAGAAGAAAGUGAAAAUGAAAAAGUCGCUCUUGUAAAACCAACAAAAAAGCCAAUAAAAUCAAACAAAACAUCAACAGAUAAAAAAAUAGCUACUUCUAAUGAAAAUAACAAGUCUACCAAUGCAACUGAUGGAGUUAAGACGUCAACAUCAUCAAAACAACAACAACAACAGGCUCCUGUACGUAACGAAAAUAUUGAUGGAAUGCAAAGUGGUGAUGCCAAAAAGAAACAAGCAAAAACUGUUGAAACGUCUGUACCUAACAAACAACAAACAACAAAAAAAGGUGAUACAAGCAAUAAGGUCAAUACAACAACUGCAAAUAAGAAACAAGCAGUAGUCGUUAAUUCUGAAGUUGUGAAACGAACAGCAGUUGAUGAUGCAGUUGAUAGUGAUCACGAAGAUGAAGGUCAAUGGCUUACACAAAGCAAUAAACAGGUUAAUAAUCGUAAUCGUAAUAAACCAAAAACUGAAACAUCAAAUCAAGAAUCACCACCAGCGCCAACGCCAUCAAAUCGUAAGACAGCAAUAGAAAAACGAACAACACCAACUAAUAAUACAGCAUCAUCUAUAAAUAAAAAUGAAUCUGAUGUUGAAACACCAGUAACAUCGAAUAUACCUGUUCCACCACCAGCACAAGAACCAAUUGAAAUUUGUCAAUUAUUACCAACAACUGAAAAUCGUUAUACAGUCAAUGAUGAUUGGUGGAAACAAGCAUUAAAUAAACAACAAACAUUUUCUAUUGAUGAUAUUGGUGAAUGGCCUGAACGUGAACAAGAUGAACAAUAUAUUGUUCAAGUUAAACGUAUUAUACCAAUUAAAACAGCGUUAAGUGAAAAAGAUAUUAAUGUUGAUGAAAACGAUUCGAUUAAUAGUUAUAAAAAUGUACAAGAUGAUGAAAAAAUAAAUUUUAAUGAACAGGUUAAUUCAUCAUCGGUUGUCACAGAUGAAUCUACCACAGCAUCUCAUUCGAAAAAGAAGGGAACAAAUGUGCGUCGACUUUCUUAA